AACGGUAGCCACUUUAGUAGUUUUGGAAAGCGAAAUUGCCUUCAAAUCGUCCUUUUUUCUUUUCAAAACCGGAUGUUUAAGUGUUGUGAUACAAACUCAAAUAUUGUGUCUUUUCCCGGUCUGGUGAAUUCACGACGUAUAGUUGUGCCUUCGCCACAGGAAAACGGUGUGACGAGUAAAAGGAAAGUUUUUUUCUUGCCCGUUUCGAAAAUACCAGCCCCCGGACGGACUUUGCAGGCUUACCAUCCCCGUGCCGUGUUGAUUUGUCUCGUGUCGCGUUGUUCUGCCUGCUGGCUGUUAGCAGUAGUUUUCGUCAUCGCAAUCGCAGCGCAAGGAGCACCCACCGCACCUCAGAUCCCUGAAGCCGACUUCGGGACCCUCACCAAACGAGCCGCAAAACUCAACUCUAUGUGAAUUGGGUUCUAGCGGGACGUGUAAAAGUGUCGGAACGAAAUCAAACCCCGACCGCGGAGCUGUGAAUUGCACGUCUCAUAGGGACGGUGGACAAGAAAGAAACCCCUCUCGCAGUGUAUUGUCGCCGAACGGGGUUUUUUUGUGUCUUCUGACAGAUCACAAAGCAAUAAGUGUCGACGACCCAGCUCCCAGCUAGCUACCCACCCCCUCGUCAUACUUACGCACGCACAGAGUUCCGGUGCCCAAAGUCCAACGAAGCAGACAUGGCGAAAACUUACGACUAUCUGUUCAAACUUUUACUUAUCGGCGAUUCCGGCGUUGGCAAAACCUGCAUACUGUUCCGCUUCUCGGAGGAUGCCUUCAAUACCACAUUCAUCAGUACAAUCGGCAUCGACUUCAAAAUAAGGACUAUCGAUCUGGAUGGGAAAAAGAUAAAGCUGCAAAUAUGGGACACAGCGGGACAGGAACGAUUCCGUACAAUCACGACUGCCUAUUACCGGGGAGCUAUGGGCAUCAUGCUGGUAUACGACAUCACACAGGAGAAAUCGUUCGAAAACAUCAAAAACUGGAUUCGAAACAUCGAGGAGAAUGCAGCGGCCGACGUGGAAAAGAUGCUGCUCGGCAAUAAGUGUGAGCUUAAUGAAAAACGACAGGUUACCCGUGUUAGAGGCGAACAGCUAGCAGUUGAAUAUGGCAUCAAAUUUAUGGAAACUUCGGCAAAGGCGAGCAUCAACGUGGACGAAGCAUUUUUCACCCUUGCCCGCGACAUUAAAUGUAAAAUGGAGAAGCGAAUGGAAGCGAACAAUCCACCGAAAGGUGGUCAUCAGCUGAAGCCGCAAGUUGAACCACGGAAGGCACCGAGUUGGCUAUCAAAGUGCAAUCUGUUUUGACCUUGUAGUAGUCCUACUAUUAAUAAUUAUUAUUUUUUUAUAUAACACACUAAAUAAUAAUUAUCAUUAUUAUUAUUUAAAAAUGUAUGUAAACGGAUAGUGUCGAGGGACAACAGGAUAACGCAACAUUCAUCACUGCACGUCACAUGCAUAGACCCCCCUGAGACACAAGUGGUAGGGAAGAUGUCUCCACUUUAUGCUGUCUGAGGUUUAAAAGAGAGGAAAGCUUCUUCAAAGCACACGAAAUCGAAACGUUCUCACGGCGCUCGGACGUGGUUCCGUUUGUCAGAAAGAUUUGUCAUGUAGAUCAAUCUGGAAUCAAUCGGUUCCCGAUAAUGCUUUUUCAAGGGUAGUAGUUUCUUGCAAUGCUUACCGCUUUCCGUACGGAUUGCCGUGUUUUAAGAGACCUGCGAUGGCUGUAGGGUGUGUUGUUCAACACAAUUCAUUUGAUCGAAAUGGAAGAAAUUGUUUCGGUAACGAAAGCUAGUUUUUUAAGUAACGAUGGUUUCGGAAGAACAUGAAUUCUAGAACUCAUAGUUUAUUCUUCGAUAAAAAAGCUGUAGUGGUUGAACGGAGACAGAUAGAAGAGUAUGUGUUGUGCAAACGUCACUUUAGCAAAUAGAUGUCAAUAGAAAAACCUUCAUUAAUGUGCGUGUACGCUUUGUGUAAAACAAUAGAACAAAACACAAGGGAAACAAUAAUGGAAGAAGGAUUUUUUCUUUUAUUUUUCUUACGUACCCGCUUUUUUGAGACCUUUUGCUAACAAGCAAGAAACAAAAACGAAAUGACUCUCGUUGGAGUAUUACGGAACAAUCACACUUUGGAGUGGAAACACUGGAUAUACAACAAAACAUGCCAUUUCAAAGGCCUAAGCGAAACGCUAAACAAGUACUCGAACCAAUACCCAUCAUUCCAUCAGCAACAUAGUUGAUAUUGUGUUUAGCAUGUCUUUUGCUUAAGCUUGCUGACGACCAAGUCGUUUUGUAACGUGAAACUAUGAUACGUACACACCAAUAUUUGCAAACAUACAUUUAGUGGCGAAUUUCGCAUCUUCUCUGCCUAUCGACGAUAGGUGUAGACUUGAUGAGAGCUAAAGGAUCCAGAAGCUAGCCAGGUUGGAGUGAUAGCAAACCUCCUCAUCUUAUACACACACACACAAAAACACCACGUGUACCAUCAUAUCGCGUUAAAGUUCCCGGUGCCAGAAUCACAAACCGAAUGCAGAACACCGACCAGUCAGAUGAGCGCAAGUGUGUGUAUAGUUUUUUGUUCCUGUCACAUGUAACGACGGUUGACCAGGUGAAUAAGGCUCCGGAGUCCGUAACUCAUUGUUUCCCCCAUAUUAGAAACCGCUCAAUCCCGUCAUUUUCCACUCAAACGUACAUACAUGUAGUCUUUUUUGCAUAUUAAACUUUACGUGAUUGGGGAUCCGUGGGCUGAUGGAUGUAGAACCUAAAGAAUAAAAAAAAAACACUGGAACAUGUAAGAUAGUAAUUUGAUUUUUGAAAAGUUGAACGAAACAGAGGACUAAACCCGAAUGGAAAAGAUGUGUUUC